AAAGCAGAGCACAGAGUCGGGCAGAGUGAGAGUCUCCCAGAGCAGCAUCAUGUCUCUGUACCGCAACUCUGCCUGGUUCCUGAAGGGAGUGACCGAGUUCACCAGGAAUGCUCACCUGUCGGCCUCCAAGCGGUUCGUGGAGAAGGACCUGGAGGUGUCUGUCGCCGGACGCUCCUUCAUGAUCACUGGAGCCAACAGUGGCAUUGGGAGAGCCACGGCCAUGGCCAUAGCAAAGAAAGGAGGAACGGUCCACAUGGUGUGCAGGAACAAGGACAAGGCCGAAGAAGCAAGGGCCGACAUCGUCAAGGAGUCAGGAAAUAAGGAGAUUUAUGUCCAUAUUUUGGACCUGUCGGAGACCAAGAAGGUGUGGGAGUUUGCAGAAGGCUUCAAGAGGAAGUAUAAAGCACUCAAUGUGCUGAUCAAUAACGCAGGUGCCAUCAUGAGUCAGAGAGACGUGAACGCCGAGGGGCUUGAGAAGAGUUUCGCCACCAAUGUCCUGGCGGUCUACAUUCUCACCAAGAGUCUCAUUCCCCUGCUGGAGAAAAGCACAGAUCCCAGAGUGAUCACAGUGUCAUCUGGAGGGAUGUUGGUACAGAAGCUGCGGACGGGAAACCUGCAGUCUGAGAGAGGUCGCUACGACGGCACUUUGGUCUACGCCCAGCACAAGAGGCAGCAGGUCGUGAUGACAGAGCAGCUGGCAAAGACCCACAACACCAUCCACUUCUCCGUCAUGCAUCCCGGCUGGGUGGACACUCCGGCUGUGGCCAACGCCAUGCCAGACUUCCACCGGUCCAUGAAGGACAGCCUCCGGACCCCGGAGCAGGGCGCCGACACGGUGGUGUGGCUCGCCGUCUCCGAGGCCGCCGGCAAAAACCCCAGUGGGCGCUUCUAUCAGGACCGGAAGAUGGUGUCCACCCACUUGCCGCUAGCCUGGACUCACAGUUCCCCUCUGGAAGAGCAGAAGUUGAUGUCACUGUUGGAGGACUUGGCCAAGACGUUCCAGUCGCACUGAGCCGGAGCAGGAAACGCCAAGACGACCACUAACCGUCUCGUACUGACCGAGGCUGGACACUCCUGCGGCUCAAAAUGGGACAAACAUGGAGACGUAUCACAUCCGUGGAGGGAUAAAAAA